CCAGCACCAGGGGAUACCAUUAAGCACGCUCGCUCAAUACCUUGGUCUUUCUCUAUUUCUUUCACCCACGUCUACUUUCGCUUUCCUUCCACGCAUCAGACUCGCCAGAACGCGCUAUAGGACACCGUGUUCUUUGACAGCUUCGAGCCUCGCACAAAUAUAACUCUCUUUCAACCAUCACGCCCCACACUCAGACACAUUCGAGCUUUCACAACACGCUCAAUAGAGCAGCGUCCUAGGAGAAAUCCAGAUACCGCUAAUAGGUACUUUCUGAAACACCAACUGUGAUCGUCCCACUGCACCUCUUACGCUAGGACACCUCGACAGCCCCCUCAAGCACCUGCCAUCAUGGCGGACGCCGAGUCCACACUCGUGGCGCAGAUCCUCAAGCGCAUUGCCUACGAGUUUGCACUGGCGCGACCUAUGCUGCCAACGUACUUCCACCUGAUCGCCUCCGCCCUUUUCCCAAUUUACACUGGUGCGCACGCCUCGCUCUCCCGUCCUUCUACCGCCGCAAAGCCCUCGAAGAAGAAGAAGCGCAGUGCUCUACACCACAAGGGCUCAGGUACCGAAGACGACGAUGAAUCAAGCGACGAUGAGGAGGAGGAGGAAGAGUACAAUAUGGAGGGCCUGUCUCCCAAGGACGCCAUUCUGCUGCCGUUAUCCGCAGGUAUUGCGCUAUCGGGGAUGUACUUCCUUCUGAAGUGGAUGAACGACCCAAUGCUGUUGAACAAAAUCCUCAAUGCCUACUUCGCUAUCUUCGGCGUAUUCUCCGUCUCGAAGCUGGUUACAGACGUCCUGGACAUCGGUCACUCGAUCAUCUACCCUCGACGGCACGUUAUUAACGGCACAUUGUAUCAUAUCAAUGGUAAGGAGGAGAAGGCCAUACCCGUCGCAGGCAAUACGCAAGGCAGGAAAGUGCUCAGCACUCCCUUCCCUGGGUUCUUGGCAAGUAUGCCGUUGGGCAACAAGCCAAGGAAGGUGGCGUGGAGCGAUCGAGCUAUGCCCUCAAAGAAGUGGUCGCUGAAGUUGUAUCUACACCGCGCACUCGCCGCCAAGUUCAAGAUUGGAGCACAUGGCAUCGUUGGUGCUCUGACUGGACUCUGCGUUGUGGCGUACUUCAACUUCGUUGACAAGCCGUGGUAUCUGACAAACUUGCUCGGCUUUGGUUUCUCGUACGGCGCAUUGCAACUCAUGAGCCCUACGACGUUCGCGACAGGGAGCCUGAUCUUGGGAGCGCUGUUCUUUUACGACAUCUACUUCGUCUUUUACACGCCUAUAAUGGUUACAGUAGCGAAGUCCUUGGACGUACCCAUCAAGCUCAUGUUUCCUCGUCCCGGAGACCCACAGGACCCUACCUCAGCCCCAUCUCACGCCAUGCUUGGUCUCGGUGAUGUGGUUCUUCCUGGCAUUGUCAUCGGUCUAUCACUACGUUUCGAUCUAUACCUGUUCUACCUGCGUCGCCAGAAGCGUGUACGCUUUGCAUCAGCAAAUGGCGUCGAGACUGUUGAAAAGGCAGAGUACUUUCCUCUCGCUGGACGCUGGAGUGAUUACUUCUGGACACACUCACUGCUCGGGCGGCCGUUAUGGAAGAAGGACGAGAACAAGCCGGAGGUGCCAUUCACGUUCCCCAAGACAUACUUUAAGGCCAGUCUGGUCGGCUAUGUACUCGGCUUGCUUGCUACACUUGGCGUUAUGAUAAUUUGGGACCAUGCACAGCCUGCACUCCUGUACCUUGUACCUGGAGUGCUCAGUAGUGUCUGGCUUACCGCGGUAGCAAGAGGGGAGCUGAGCUUGAUCUGGAAUUACACAGAAGCUAUCGAGGGACAAGGUGACGAAGAUACGAAGAAGGACAAGGCUGGCAAGACUGCCAAUGGUAUCACCAUACCAGAGAGUAAGCGCGCCACUCGAUCACAAGCCAAGGCUGUGACAGACACAACAGGCGAGAGUGAGAGCGAGGAUGAGCCUAGCCGCUCACGUCGAAACGGACGGGGCAGACCAGAGCGUGAGAUCUUCUCACUCACUAUCGAGGCACCGACAAGCCUGAGGAAAGGUAAGACGAACAAGAAGCAUUCGAGGUCAGCCACUGUCGAUGAAGUUAAGUCGGCCGUGAACAGGAGGACGCCAAACAAGAGCACAGCUGUAGAAAUCAGCGCUGAGCCGGCAGGCAAGAGGCAGAGGCUGCACUGAACAGGCGACGACAAGGAAAUGAUGUAUUGGCAGUAUUGCAUAGCGAUGGCGUUGCAUUCAUACAACCAGCGCCUCACUUGAUUUAGCUUUGGGUAGCUUGGCAGUUCUGGUCAAUUAUGGCCGGCAUAAAUACACUCUCUUCUCCA